CGUAAAUACAGGAAGAUGUAAGGGUGUAAGUCUGGAAGACACCCUUUUGUUUGUGUUUUGUUUUCCUUCUCUGUUACUAAACUGAAGCCCUGAAGGUGGCGUAAGGGAGAAGAGGCCCCUCUCUCUGCUGGCUGUUACUACUUCUGCUCUCUCCCUAAAUUUCCAAUUUUAAUUUCCUUUUCUUUUCGCCUUUCUCUCACACUCGUUAGUGGGAAUUGUUCUCUUCUUCCCCUGAUUCUCCCCUCCCCUUGUUGUUUCUUCCUUCCUUUGGGGCUUCUUCUCCUUUUCCUCUUUCCCUCUGCUUUAUAUCCCUUCAUUUUCCUACUUUACUUUGUUCCUUCUUUCCUUCCUCCUUCCGCCUUCUCCCACCGCCAUCUUUCUCGCCUUGUUCUGCAAUGGCGGACAUUACUCACCUUCCCAUGGAACAACUUCAAGACCUCGAGUAUUGCAUAGAUUCCAACCCUCCUUGGGUUGAAACCAUUGCCUUGGCAUUUCAGAACUACAUACUGAUGCUAGGCACAAGUGUGAUGAUACCUUCGAUACUAGUUCCGGCCAUGGGUGGCAGCGAUGGGGAUAAAGCGCGAGUAAUACAAACCUUACUCUUUGUAUCCGGGAUCAACACACUUCUCCAAGCAUUGUUCGGGACACGAUUGCCAGCAGUUGUUGGAGGAUCGUACGCUUACGUUAUUCCAGUAGCCUACAUCAUAAGCGACUCUUCGUUGCAGCAGAUCACCGAUCAUCAUGAAAGGUUCAUACAUACAAUGCGGGCUAUUCAAGGCGCUCUAAUUGUUGCUUCGAGCAUCCAAAUAAUCCUUGGUUACAGCCAAGUAUGGGGUCUUUUCUCAAGGUUCUUCAGUCCUCUUGGCAUGUCACCUGUAGUUGGUUUGGUUGGUCUUGGGCUAUUCCAACACGGGUUUCCAGCGUUAGGAAGAUGUGUAGAAAUCGGGCUACCAAUGUUGCUUCUAGUCAUUGGCUUAUCACAGUAUCUAAAGCAUGUGAGACCAUUUAGAGAUGUUCCGAUAUUUGAACGGUUCCCAGUCUUGAUCUGUGUCACCAUUGUGUGGAUCUACUCCAUUAUCCUGACUGCAAGUGGUGCGUACCGGAACAGGCCAGAUCGAACCCAAAGGAGCUGUCGAACUGACAGAGCAAAUCUCAUUUCCACUGCUCCUUGGUUUAUGUUCCCAUAUCCUCUGCAAUGGGGCCCGCCUACAUUCUCCGUUGGCCACUGCUUUGCCAUGAUGUCAGCAGUCCUUGUCUCUAUGGUUGAGUCAACUGGAGCAUACAAGGCAGCAUCUCGACUGGCCAUUGCUACUCCACCACCAGCAUAUGUACUCAGCAGAGGCAUUGGCUGGCAAGGAGUUGGGAUACUGCUGGAUGGUCUCUUUGGGACAGGAACUGGUUCCACUGUUUCUGUUGAAAACGUGGGACUCCUGGGGCUAACUAGAGUUGGAAGUCGCAGAGUUGUCCAAAUCUCUGCAGGCUUCAUGAUCUUCUUCUCCACCUUAGGGAAAUUCGGAGCUGUUUUUGCCUCCAUACCAUUCCCAAUAUUUGCAGCCCUAUACUGUGUUCUCUUUGGACUUGUGGGUUCAGUGGGACUGUCGUUUCUGCAGUUCACUAACAUGAACUCAAUGAGAAACCUAAUGAUCACAGGGCUAUCUCUCUUCCUUGGUAUCUCCAUCCCCGCAUUCUUCAACGAGUACCUCAACCCGGAUCGUCAUGGCCUUGUCCACACCAAUGCCGGAUGGUUCAAUGCAUUUGUGAAUGCGAUAUGCCAGUCACCGGCAACAGUAGGGCUGAUCGUGGCAGUGUUUCUGGACAACACCUUGGAGGUGGAGAAAUCGAAGAAGGAUAGAGGGAUGCCAUGGUGGGUAAAGUUUAGAACUUUUCGUGGAGAUAACAGGAACGAAGAGUUCUACACUUUGCCAUUCAACCUCAACAGAUUCUUCCCGCCCACUUAGGCAUGCAUGUUCAUAGAUAAGACAACCAUAAUUGAAGGAAGUGAAUGGGUUUCAUUCCAGUCAGAGGGUCCUUUUUUGUUCUCUAGAAAUUGUAAAUUCAGCAGUAAUCAAAUGAUAAGUGAUAACAGAUAACAGUUCCCACCCCUCUGCAAUACUCUACAAUCUUACAUGUUAGUUUCAGUAGCAGAUGUCCAUUUUUUGAACAAAUAAUGAAAUGAGUUCAAUUUU